AUGACCACCUAUCCAAAAAUCUCCCUUGCGGAGCUUCCAGAUUGCUCCCAAUUGCAAAUGGACUUUCCCGAUACAGCUUGGUUUAAGACUCAUGGCCAAACACAACAAUUCCCGACACACGAACACUUACUUUCCCUCGUUCCAAAUGAUUCUCAUUCAAACAUAGUAAAGUUUGAAGACCUCAGUCUUGCUGUAAAAUUCGGGCGACAUGUCACUACAACGGAGGCCAUCAACAUCUGGGUUGUCCGCAGAAUGUUCCAGGAAGCUGUUCCGGUACCGGAGCUUUAUGGAUGGAGAGUUCUUGAACAGGAAGGAAAGGGUCGCUACGUCUUCAUCUACAUGCAACUAAUCCAGGGUCCCACGCUCUUAGAGCGAUGGCCUGAGCUGUCUUGCGCUGACAAGCAAGCAAUCUGUACUGAUCUCCGUGCCAUGGUAUCUUCUCUUCGGAGCCUCCAGGACAGCGAAUUACAGCAAAUGAUCGGAAACAUAUGUCGUGGUCCUGGGGAAGAUGUCUGCUUGAAAGAAAUACUUUUGUUGAGACCGUUUCCCUCACGGGCUGAGUUCCACGACUGGCUUUCCUGGUCGUGGCGCCGGCGUGUUCCAAAUCCACAAAGCAUCCCAGACCCAUGGAGAGACUUACUUCCAGACAAUGGGCCUAUUGUUUUUACGCAUGGUGAUCUACAUCGAGGGAACAUCAUAGUCAGCGCCACGAGUCCUAUUGAGAUUGUCGCAAUCAUUGAUUGGCAAUCAUCGGGUUGGUAUCCGGACUACUGGGAGUAUUGUAAAGCCUUGUUCACAGCAGAAUGGGGUAAAGAUUGGUGGGACUGUAUUCAUCAAUUCUUGGAUUCUUAUCCACAAGAGUUCGAGACUUUUGAUUUCUAUAUGCGGACCAAUGGCAUAUUUUGA